CUCACACAGCUUCGUUGUCUAAGGCUGGUUUAGAAGUCUCUUUCCUUUCUGAAGAAAAUGGGGACUGACAGUGAAAACAUAGUCCUGAGAAACAUGAUUAUCAGUCUCAAUUUGAUAUUCCUGGGAUUAGUCCUCAAGCCCUUUGAGUGUCGGCUAGAAGUUACAACAGAGAGGAUAAGGAGGCAGGUAGUGGAUGAGGAAGGCAGCUUUGCCAACUACAGCCCACCAAUCAAAGAAAAACCAAUGGUCUUCAACCAUGUGUACAACAUUAACGUGCCCCUGGACAGCCUCUGCUCAACAUUGUUCGAGGCCUCAGCUGACCAGGAGGUGAGUUCAGAAGACGACAGGAUGACGGAAUACACGGAGCAGACCUCAGACAGCGAGAGCCAGGUCACCUUUACGCACAGAAUAAACCUCCCCAAGCAGGCGUGCAAGUGCUCCACAUCCUCCCAGCUCAUGCAGGACCUGCUGAACAGAAUUGAAAUGCUGGAGAGGGAGGUUUCCAUGCUACGGGACCAAUGCAACUCCAAUUGCUGCCAAGAAAAUGCAGCCACAGGGCAGCUGGAUUACAUCCCUCACUGCAGCGGUCAUGGGAACUUCAGUCUGGAAUCUUGCAGCUGCAUGUGCAAUGAAGGCUGGAUUGGAAAGAACUGCUCAGAGCCCCACUGCCCCAUGGGCUGCUCCAGCCGGGGCGUGUGCGUGGAAGGCCAGUGCAUCUGUGACAAUGACUACAGUGGGGAUGACUGCUCAGAGGUCCGCUGUCCAACAGACUGCAGUUCCCGAGGGCUUUGCAUGGAUGGGGAGUGUGUCUGUGAGGAAGGUUAUGCUGGAGAAGACUGUAGCGAACUGAGAUGCCCCAAUGACUGCUCUGGAAAGGGGAGAUGUGCCAACGGUACCUGUGUCUGCCAGGAGGGCUAUGUGGGAGAAGACUGUGGUCAUCUCAGGUGCUUGAACGCCUGCAGCGGACGUGGCAUCUGCCAGGAGGGGAUGUGCUCUUGUGAAGAAGGUUACAAAGGGCAGGAUUGCUCAGCAGUUGCUCCACCCGAGGACCUGAGAGUGGCUGGAAUCAGUGACCAGUCCAUUGACCUGGAAUGGGGUGGUCCAAUGGCUGUGACAGAAUAUGUGAUCUCCUAUCAGCCAGCAGUACCAGGGGGCAUUCAGCUACAGCAACGAGUGCCUGGAGACUGGAGUGCUAUCACCAUCAAGGAGCUGGAACCAGGCUUCACAUACAAUAUCAGUAUCUAUGCUGUCAUCAGUGGCAUCUUUAGUGUCCCUGUCACUGUUAAGGUGACUACCCAUCUCUCUGUUCCACGGGGAUUGAAGUUCAAGACUAUCACAGAGACCACUGUGGAGGUGCAGUGGGAGUCCUUCGCAUUCCCUUUUGAUGGCUGGGAGAUCAGCUUCAUUCCCAAGAACAAUGAAGGCGGCGUGAUUGCACAGCUUCCUAGCAGUGUCACCACCUUCAACCAGACAGGACUGAAACCAGGGGAAGAGUACACCGUCAAUGUCGUAGCACUCAAGGAACAAGCCAGGAGCCCCCCUACUUCUGACAGCGUCUCAACCUUAAUUGAUGGGCCAACCCAGAUCAUGGUGCGAGACGUCUCAGACACAGUGGCCUUUGUGGAGUGGACCCCACCACGAGCCAAAGUAGACUACAUCCUGCUGAAGUAUGGCUUGGUGAAUGGGGAAGGGGGAAAGACCACCUUCCGCCUGCAGCCUCCUCUUAGCCAAUAUUCAAUGCAAGCCCUGCGGCCUGGCUCACAGUACGAAGUCUCCAUAAGUGCUGUACGAGGGACUAAUGAGAGUGACCCAGCUGUCACCCACUUUGCAACAGAGAUUGAUGCUCCCAAGAACGUCCGUGUUGGGUUUCGGACAUCAGCCAGCUUGGAACUUGAGUGGGAUAACAGUGAGGCCGAGGUGCAGAAUUACAAGGUGGUGUACAGCACGCUGGCAGGCGAGCAGUACCACGAGGUGCUGGUGCCACGGAACUCAGGGCCAACAACCAAGACCACACUCAUUGAUCUUGUGCCAGGAACAGAAUACGGUGUUGGCAUAUCAGCUGUCAUGGACAGUCAGCAGAGUGUGCCAGCCACCAUGAACGCUAGAACUGAACUUGACAGUCCUCGUGACCUCAUUGUGACAGCCUCCACGGAAACAUCUGUCUCCCUGGUCUGGACCAAAACCAAAGGGCCCAUCGAUCACUACCGCAUUACCUUUACUCCAGCCUCAGGGAUGGCCUCUGAGGUGACGGUACCCAAAGACAAAUCUGAGCUCACUCUGUCAGACCUGGAGCCUGGAAUGGAGUAUACCAUUUCCAUCAUCGCAGAGAGGGGCCGUCAGCAGAGCCUAGAGUCCACAGUGGAUGCAUUCACAGGUUUCCGACCCAUCACACAGCUACAUUUCUCUCAUGUGACUUCUUCCAAUGUGAACAUCACCUGGAGCGAUCCCUCCCCUCCCGCAGACAGGCUUAUCCUAAACUACAACCCCAGAGACAAAGAGAAGGAGACCAAGCAGGUCACGCUAGAUGGAACCAAGAGACAUGCCACCUUGUCUGGACUGCAGCCAUCCACAGAGUACAUCGUGUCACUAGUUGCUGUGCAUGGCAUGGUCAGCUCUGAGCCCAUAAUGGGCUCCAUCACAACAGGGAUUGAUCCUCCUAAGGACCUUGCUGUGGGCAAUGUGACUGAGAACUCAAUGACCAUUUUCUGGGCCCCACCCAUUGCAGCUUUUGACCAUUACAGAAUUUCCUACCAGUCUGCUCAAGGAAGAGAGGACACCACACCAAUUGCCAAAGACAUCACUGCAUACACUCUCAGCCGCCUGCAGCCAGCUACUGAGUAUGAGAUUAAUCUAAAAAGUGUGCGGGGCCGGGAAGAGAGUGAGCGUACCUCCAUCAGCAUGUACACAGCCAUGGAUAAUCCACUGGGUCUGACCGCCACCAAUGUCACACCAACAGAGGCUCUGCUGCAGUGGAACCCCCCUCUGUCUGAAGUAGAGAACUAUGUCAUUGUGCUAACACACUACACAGUGGCAGGGGAGACAAUUCUAGUGGAUGGGACAAACCAAGAAUACCAGCUAACCAACCUGCUGCCCAGCACUACCUAUACAGUCACCAUGUAUGCCACCAAUGGCCCUCUCACCAGCAGGACCGUCAGCACCAACUUUACAACUUUUUUGGAUCCUCCAACAAACCUGACAGCCAGUGAGGUCACCCGCCGGAGUGCCCUCCUUUCGUGGCAACCUCCCAUGGCAGAGAUUGAAAACUACAUCAUGACCUACAGAUCAACUGAUGGAAGCCGGAAGGAGCUAAUUGUAGAUGCAGAGGACACCUGGAUCCGCCUGGAGGGGCUGUCAGAGACUACGGAAUACACUGUACGCUUGCAGGCAGCCCAGAAUGCCAUGAGAAGUGGAUUCACCUCCACCACCUUCACCACAGGAGGCCGCGUGUUUGCUAAUCCUCAGGACUGUGCCCAACAUUUGAUGAAUGGAGACACUCUGAGUGGAGUCUACACUAUCUCCGUCAAUGGAGAUAUUGGCCAGAGGGUGCAGGUGUACUGCGACAUGACUACAGAUGGCGGCGGAUGGAUUGUGUUUCAGAGACGACAAAAUGGUCUGACAGAUUUUUUUCGAAAAUGGGUGGAUUAUCGUGUUGGUUUUGGAAACCUAGAGGAUGAGUUUUGGCUGGGUCUGGAUAACAUACACAAGAUCACAUCACAAGGACGCUAUGAGCUGCGGAUAGACAUGCGAGAUGGCCAGGAGACAGCUUAUGCCUAUUAUGAUAAAUUCUCUGUUGCUGAUGCCAGGAGUCUGUACAAGCUCCGGAUAGGAGACUACAAUGGCACCUCUGGUGAUUCACUCACCUAUCACCAAGGCCGCCCAUUCUCCACCCAGGACAGAGACAAUGAUGUUGCUGUGACAAACUGUGCCUCUUCAUACAGAGGGGCUUGGUGGUAUAAGAACUGUCACCGAACUAACCUCAAUGGCAAGUAUGGCGAGUCCCGGCACAGUCAGGGUAUUAACUGGUACCAUUGGAAAGGCCACGAGUUCUCUAUACCCUUUGUGGAAAUGAAGAUGAGACCUUACAACCACCGUUAUGUCUCGGGGAGAAAACGGCGGUCUCUACAGCUCUGAGUCAGCAGGAGCCCCCACACCCAACCGCCUGACCUUUUCUGUCAUUUGUUUGUAUUUUAUAAUAUGAAAAGGAAAAAGAAAAUACUACUACUCUGAGAUAGCAACCUGCCCCAUACAUGACCUGGAAGGAAUAGGUGAUGUGUGGCUAGAAAGCCAGUGGGCUUUGGGAAGGGAAGGACGUCAAUGUUUUGUUGUUAUUCUCAGUGAAAUGCCAAGUUCCCAAUUACUCCACCCCCUAGCCCCUACCCUUUUCAUGGAAAGAGAGAGAACAAGGGUGGGGAGAGACAGAGAGAUUUUUAAUAUUUUUAAAGACCUAUAAGUCCCAAGAAAACCCCAUCAGAACUGUGUGUCCCCAUACCCCUCCCACCCACUAUCUCUGUAAUCAAGUUUCCUUUACAAUGCAGGUGCUGUCAACCAGGGACAUCAGUGAAAGUAGAGUUGGCCAAGAUGUCAUGUGGGCUCUCUGUUUAGGCAGACUGUCUGGCUGGGCAGCCUGCUGCUGAGUCAGCAAGCAGCACAAGCCAAACCUUAACCAGGAGGACUGAAAAUAGUGUCCUGCCAUUUAUACAGACUCACAGGGAACAAGUCAGAGCCCCUAUAAGCUGGGGUCUGAGACCCAGUCUUACCCCCCAGCCACCCUUAAGGACCUGGGAGCUCAAUUCUCCCUCCAGCCAGUGACAAAGAAACAAAGAAUGACAAAGAAACAACAGCCCCCCCACCCCGCCCCGGCACUACCACCACCACCAUAAUAACCAGUUCCUCCACUAGCCAAGAAGAUGCAGCUGUCCCUCUCUCCCUUUGACCAAGAACAUACAGCCUCCCUUAUCUCCACAAGCUCAAUACAGGCACACACACACAGAUAAAUACAGUGGGCAUAAGUAAUUUCAAUGCCUAGCAUUGUGCGCCAGAUUACUGGGAGUCAGAGAUCUCACAAAGAGACCCUGGGGUAUGACUUCAUGCUCCCUCCAUCUCCCUUUGCCUUUAGAAGGAUCCCUGCCUACCAGUUAACUCCACUAUCACUAUGCUUCUAACAUGCCCAAAGUAACCCUCUGUUUACAAUGAAUGCAUUAGCAUUAGGGGAACAGAUCGUGUACAGCAUCUGCUGAUAGGCAGGAACAACUGUACCAGCAGGCAACACUAGCUUGGGCACAGAAGUGGCCCUUCUACUCCUGAUUUGAAAACUUUCUAUGGGUUAUAAAUAUGAUAAUGAUCCUUAGGUCAGGGGAGAGGACAGGAGUGAAAGAAUCAGCAAAAAUAGCUUCUAGGAAUCUUUAAAGUCACCCUAAAGUAAGUAUAUUUACUUUCUCUGUUAUUUCUAUACGCCGCAUUGUCAUCUCUCAUAGUUGUUUUAGGCCCUAAACCAAAGAGUGCUGUAUGCGGGACAGUAACCAGAAGAAAUGGCAAGUAGAUACAAUUCCAUCCGAUUCUGCUAGGAUAAGCUGCAGCCAUUUGCCAUGAAAUCUGGCAGAUGUGCAAGUUCCCUUGCGUUUUGGAGGUAGGAUGGUGUUGGGGUGGAAGCAA